AUGGCCAAUGACGAUGAUGAUAAUUGGGACGAUGAGUUUGGAUUCGAUAAUAAUAGCAAUGAUCAUCCAACUAUACAUUUGUCACUGCAGCGCAAGUUGACUAUUGGUAAUCUGUCAAAGAAGUUCUUGCCAGUGUCACCAGCAUUGUCAUCGGCGACGACUACCACUUCUCGUGGUGUUGGUGGUCCCGCAACAACUAUAUCCUCAUCGCCAAAGAGUGGUUCGAGCGACUUUGGAUUCGACGAUGGCGAUGUCGAGGACGAUGACGACUGGGAUGCCGUCGUCAACCCCGUGGCAUCCUCUGGUCGCACCGCCACAAGUGGCGUGAGCAGCACCAGCAUCCCCAAACCCAAGACACAACAGGACGACGAUGAUGACUGGGACGCAGACUUUGCCACGAGCAUCAAGUCGCCACUGUCUGCCGCGACACUACAGCCACAGAUGAAGAUCUUGGGUAUCCGCGCGGAUCCCACAGUCAAGACCGAGUGGGACGACGACUUUGUCUUCAAUGACAGCUCAGAGUCGGAGCAGAGCUCGUCAACGGGCAUUCCAGCGUCAAUGCCAAGUAUCACCGCAAGUGGACUCGGCAAACCUGGCAACAACAUCAAUAUUAGCAUCAGCAUGACUGGCAAACCGAACAUCACCAGCAGCACAUCCAUUCACCAUCAUCACAAUACCAGCAGUGGCAGCAUGUCUGGUAGCAAGUCCAUUCCAUUUGGAAGCAGGACGACAUCCACACUAGAUGCCAAACUAUUGGCAACUGUAUCCGAACUGAUAUCAUGUAUUAAUUUUGGCCCUGGACAUGUAGAACUUAAUGAAUCACACCAGACCAUCGAUGUAAAGACACCUCCACUCAAUGAACUCAAAGUACUAAGUGAAACAGAGAUGAAGAAAAGAUUGGACGCACAGAAUGUAGUUAUUGAUCGCGCUACUGGUGGAGUUGGCGUGGCAAAGGUAGACUUGUCAAAGAUGUACUUUGACUUGGGUCUGAUAUACUCUUCGAAUCAACAGACAAUGGCAGCAUCGGCUCAGUUCACAACAGCUAAUCGUAUAUUACAAGAGCAUAAAGACGACUUUGAUGCGGCGCCACUCGACGACACACAGACACUGUACGAACUCAACCUGUACUACCAACUGGGGCUGGCCUACAAGGCCAUGGCCAACAUCUUCAACACGACAGAGUAUCUCAAAAAGGCACUGGAACUGUGUAUUGCGCGUUGCGACUUGGCGGCCAUGCAGCAGAAGAUCAACGUUGAACUGGGCAUGUGCUAUCUGGCCACCGAAACACCAAUAUAUGCGGCACGCCACUUUGAGAGCGCCAUUCGCGCCAUUCUCUUUACGCCAUGCACACAGCAACAUCUACACAACAAAGACUGCAAGCAGGUCGACUUGAAGAAGACAGUGGCAGGAGAGGCUUCACUUGUACACUCACUGGCCAAUGGAUGUCUCCAGUUGGCAAAGUCACUCAAGAUGAUGGAGGAGCACGAUCUGGCCGUGCAAGCAGCACAACGAUCUUUUGGCGCCAUACACCUGGACGCUACUGCAGCACGUCAACAACAUGGCGCACUAUACAACGAGUGCGUCCAACUCUAUCGCGAUACAAUUGUACACUUGAAACAGCAACAACAGAAGCCAAUCAUACAGGUACAGGACACGACAAAGGCGACGUCGACACAGGACUUUGAGUCGGACGAAGAGGACUGGGAUGCAGAGCUGGGUCUUGACGUCGAGGAGGAUAGUCGGCCGGUGUUGCAACUGGCUGGCCAGGCACCAAACGUCGCGCCCAACAAGGACAGGAUGCCAUCGCACUACAAACUGAUUGAGGGUGUCAACAAUCAGACGUUUGAGAUUGUCAAGUACCCCAAGCCUUCCUACCUUUACUCGAUGAACACACCAGACGGCCAUCCAUUCAUGCAUGAGGAGGCCCUUUCGCAGUGGCUCUCUGGCCUCGUCAUCAAACACCUCGAUGGCGCUGACAUGGCCCUGCGCGUGCUCCCCAAGAAGGCAGCGCUUGAGGAGCUUCGCAACGAGUUCACGCUCGAGUCCACCAAGGUGAAGAACAACCUCAAGAAAUGGACACAGAUGAACCUGGAGUUCUGCUACACACUGCACAUCUUUGACUAUGACGAGCCGUGUUGGGACAGCGUUCAUGAGUUCUUCCUGGCGCUGCGCGACUGUGGUGGCAACUCAUCGCCACUCGUGCGUCCAACCGCAGGUCGACUGACGCCCACAACCACCCAAACCUCACUGCUGCGGCCACCUGCAUCGCCGCGACAAUCAUCAAGAAGGGCAUCAAUGGAGAUAGAUGAGAGGGAUGCCACAUACCACUAUGCACUUCAGAUGCUCUAUCUUGCUGCCAAGCUGUGGCGCGCCGAGGAGGACUCGUCGUUCCGCCAUAUGUGUCAGGGCCUCAAGAACCUGUCGGCGUCCAACGCAGCACACGUCGAGCUGAUGGCCGCCGAGACCUAUUCACAUCAUUUACAUCACAAGUGCUCAUCAGGUGACUCGGACAGCGACAAUGACAACAGUGACUCUGACCUUGAGGAGCCCGAGCUGCGGACGCGCCCCGAGGAGUUUGCCGGAAGCGAGGAGGAGAAGGUCAACCCUCUGAACGUGUUCCUGCGCGUGUACACACAGUGCGCACUCAAACAGCAGCAGCAACAGCAAGCAGACGCCAAGUACAAGGACUAUCUGGAGAUUGGCCUCAAGAGCGCCAUGGUCAAGGCCCUCAUAGACGUACACUUCCACGUCAAUGGCAUCUCACCUCUGACGACCGCUCGACUCUCUGACAAACCAGCCACCAGCGUCAAUGUCGACGCCCAGUUUGUUCAGCUACUCGAUGCCAAUCAUCGCAUGGCCCUUCUGACCAAGCUGUACACAGAGCUUCCCGCCACCAACUUCCUAAAGGCCAAGGCGGCCUAUGCAUUGGGCCUUCACGCCGUGGACAACAGCGAGCUUGCUCUGGCUGAGAAGCUGUUCUUUGAGUGUCUGUACAUUGUGGAUCGAUGCAAACAGCCUGUGGUCGGACUGCCGCUUGUCCUUUCCGAACUAGCCGGCAAUGCAUCCUUCAGCUACGCGAGCGUGUUGCUUGACAACUACAAGUACCAAUACGCCAUCGUCAGCUUUGACAAUGCAUUGCUCAAUCUCAACAUACGCAAGAAGCGCAAGGAGUACCUGUCACUACUGAGCAAGGUGGCCACCUUGGCUCGCGAGAACGAUGACAUCAACUCCGCGAUCUACUACUUCAAACAAGUGCUGAAUGGUUACCUUGAGAGCGACCCACAGUCCAAGACCAACGAGAUCGUCUACAUCUGCGAGGUGAUCAGCUCAAUGCAUCGCGAACUCGGCAACUAUAAGCAGUGUGAGGAGUACCUCAAGGUGGUGCUUCUCAUCCUUCAUAAGUCGACCUCGUCGCAGUCCACAGUCGCGGCGCAUCCCAUCGGCCCCGGUGACCCGGCAUCAAUCAGCAAGAACCUGGUCGAGUCACCCAAGUAUGACAACCCAAUCUUCUUCCAACUGCACAUGAAGUUGAUCAAUCUGUAUCUGGAGAGCUAUCACUUUGAGAAGGGUCUCGAGCUGCUUAUGACCAUGCGUCGCCACACACUGCCACAUGGCAAACAGAACUCCCUGUUCUUCCUGCUGGCCAAGGCCUACACCAAGAUGGAGAUGUUUGAUGAGUGCACCAACGUGCUCAAUCAGCUCGAUUCGUCGGCCGAGGAGAGCGGAGCUCAAACUCAACACGCUGCACUCAAACUCGGCAUCCUCAAGGGCGCGCCAAUCACCGCGUUCACCAACAAGAGUGCCAGCCAAUCGGGCGCUGCUGGCGGCGGCAGUGGCGGCAACAAGAGCGACCGCAACCUCAACUAUUGGGUGCUGAACUGUCUCAACUACCUCGCGGCCAACAAGUUUGCAGAGGCCUUGCUGUGCAUUGAGUGCGCCAUCGAGAUAUGUCCACUAAGUUCACUCAACGCUCGUGGCCAGUACUUCUACACUCGUGGCAAGAUAUUCCAACGCCUCAUCCAGCUGUGUAACGCCACGUUGAUCACAUUCCCCACAAACUUGCGGCCAUCCGGAGAAGAGUGGCGUGACUUUAUCGACUCCUCCCAGCUGACCAACUACACAUCCACGGGCGACCUGCUCCAGGAGGGAAUUGCAAGCUUCAAGCGCGCCUACAACUACUUCAAGAGCACGGGUGACGAUGUCAAGAUCCAAAAGACCGUCAGCCACAUUGCAGAAUUGUACCUGGAUCGUUUGUUCGCACCCGUCGCCCUACAUCACUAUCCAUUCGAUGAUGUUGCACGCCUCUCCAUCUUCAACCUAUCGAUCUUCAUGCAAAGAGACAGUGAGCAGCAGCAACAAGACGACAAGCACAAGCGUGGCAAGGCCAAGGCUGCGGCUGAAGCUGAUACAGCUGCCGUCAAACCUGCGUCUGGUGACUUUUACAUCACGCUGGACAUGAUAGAGAACCCAUCAACCGUGGCCAUGGACGUCAACAUCAACACAUGCAACAUACUCCAGUUGCUACGCACCUAUAUGAACAUGGCCGAGCUGCGCUUCUUGCAGGGCGACCGAGAUCUGGCCAUCUCAUAUUGGACCGAGGCGCGCAACCUCUUCUACACGCUCUUUUGCGAUGGACCACACUUUAUCGGCAAGAGCGCGCCACUACACUUCCUCAAGAAGGUGUUUGAAUCAUGCAAGCGAAUGAUACGAUUCCUCUUUGCCUUUGAUCAGGACUUUAUCAAUAAGAACCUGAUGCUCGUGGACAGCUACCUCUCGCUCGAGAUUGACAUUGCCCAAGCACGCAAGCGUCCCAUCAACCCCAACCGACCAAUCUCAUAUGAUGCCAACCCUAUGAUUGGCAAGAUCUACAUCCCCUACCUGGGCAAGUCAUUGACACUGGGUCGCAACAUCAAGCGCAAGACAGAGAUGACUGCCGCCAUCUCGAUGGACUUCUCCGUCCAUACGCUCAGUAUCCCCAAGCAACCGUUCUGUGAGCGCACCAGGCCAGAGGAGCGUCCAGUCAAGACAGGAGACGACGUUGGCGAGAAGCUGUGGGGUGCACUGCACUACAUCAAGAAUGAGAUCAGGAAGUACUCAAUCGGCAAGAUCAACCAGGACGAUCUGUCCACACGAUGCAAGGUCACGAUCAAGCACAUCCUGGCCAUCCACCAGGCGUACAAGAAUCAUCUAGUGAUCAGCCAGAGUGCCCCAGCUGCGACCCCCUCAUCGCCAGGCUCACCCAACAUCCCCAUGCUCCAGAGUUCAAACAGUCUGGCAUCAUUGUUCCGUCAGCAACAGGCUUCCGGCAACAGCAGUAGCAGUGGUAAUGCUAGCCCCAAGAUCACUCAGUCACAAUCACCAUCUCACGAGGCUUUGAUGGGCCGCACACGAACACCCUCCAACGCAUCGUCCACAACCACCACCGCAGUGUUUGGAGCAAAUAGACGCGACCUUUCCACAAAGUAUGAGGAGUUGUCAUUCACAACGGCGCAGGCCAAGAUCAACGCCUCGCUUCAGAAGCUGGUGUACUCUCUACAGGUCGACAACUACUUUAUUCACUAUCUACCGCACAGUGGACGCAAGAGAUUGAACAGAAUUGGUGGCAUGGAGGAGUUGGAUACGAUGCAGCCCUGCACCAACAUGGUCUAUCUGGACAUCAUGCUUCUUUCCAAUCCCAAGGAGAAGGUGUCAUUCAUGGUCAGCCCUCAGAUCACACUGGACAAGGUGUUGUACACCCUCUGCAACCGACCCUACUGGGCGGUGGACGGCGCGCAGGCUGCAGACCCCAAGAAGAAGGGCUUCCUUGGCUCAUUCAGCAGGAACACACACAACGCCCUCAAGUCUGCCCCACGAUUCAUAGAGAAGACGACAAACUUCCAUAACGAGCUCGUUGGAUUCUUGAACUCAAUCAUUGGACCACCCACAGCAAUCGAGACAGUCGACGGCGCAGGCUCAGAGGUCCACCACCAGCACACCAACACUCAGCCCAUACUACCAUCGGGCGGCGCCACCUACGACAAGGUGGCGGCUGCCGCGGCAGCUGCACAGUCCGAGCCACACAACCGAAGCUACAGUGUGGGCGCCUCACAGGGCAGGAAGGUGUACACCAAGGACCAGCUGUCACUCAUCUCUUUGGCAAAGCGCAUGACCAGAGGAGGACCGGCACACGCCAAGGGCUACAUGUCAUUCGAUCAACUCAAUGUUCCACUCAGCAAGGUGUUCUCACAGAGGGAGAUGAAUGAGUGCACCGAGAGGAAUGCGCUACAACUCUCACUCUUUGUCAACAGUGGUGAGGAGAAGAAGAGUUGCAGCAGUCGUGCAUUGGACAGCCCUCUGACCACAUCGUCAGAGGACGUCAAUGAUCAGGCCAUUGCAUUCAAGCCCGACACCCUGACAUCGUUGCUCUCACUCUUGUCGCUCACCUCAUCCAAGGAGGUCACACAAGAGGACAUUGAUCGCAAGAAGAUUGUUAACGAUCUCAGACGCUCAGUCUUUGGUUCGCUGUUUGAGAUACUGCCCACAGAGAAAUCAGACACAGAGGCCCACAAGUCGCAGGCGGCAGCAACAGCAGCUGCCAAUGCCAAGAAGACCAGGUCAUUUGUGUUCUUUGGCAACUCCAAGACGUCAGAGGCAACAAUGUCAGCAGCCACCCUGCCAGCGACAAACAUCUCAACCUCGCCAAUGAUCUUUAUCUGCUCAAAGAGUCUCCAGGUGUUCCCUUGGGAGUUGAUCAUACAGGACUUUAUGGUGCGAUACCUUACCCUUUACGACCUGAUGAAGACAUCAUGUGUGGACGUUAGCGAUCCAGAGAACCAAGAGAAUGGAAUUAUCCCAACCUUUGUCAGUUGCUGCAACUCAUCCAUUGACAAGACUCACUACAUUGACAACCAACGCAAGGACAGAUUGCUCAAGAGCAUCUUUUACAACCUUUACACGACCAUCAAUACACCAUCAGGCCGAUUGCCAAACGAUAAUCAACCAUUCCUUUCGCCAUUGAUCAAACUUGGAGUCAAGCCAAGUGUUGUCAAGAAGAAGUACAAGUACUUGGACUUCUUUGACCUGUCCACAUCCAAGAUAUCUGGCAUUGUCAACUUCUUGGAGAGCUUUGACGACUCUAUCCACUUCCCAGUAUUCAUAUUCACAUACCAUGAUAUAGUAGACCUUUCACAACUUCCACUAUUUAUUCUAAGGAGCAAACCAAUUUGUAAUGUAUUAUUCAUACCCUAUUGUAAACAAAAGGAGAUUAUGUCUAGACUGUGCAAGAUAUACGAUGUACACUUGAAGCAGAAUGUAAAGAAUGCAACGCCAUCCACUAGGAAGGAGAGGUAUCAAUUCUUAAUCUCUGCUGUCCAGAACCUAAAGGAGGAGUUCCAAGUGCCUAUUGCCAUCUUUAACCCAACCUUCUUUGUAAAUAAAUAG